UCGCAAGGCGGGCGGAUCUUUCUUCUGGUCCAGUGCACAGUCCACUUUGCUUGAGAAAUUGACCAAUGAACAAGCGGUCAGCGGCGGCUAGCUGUUCAUCCGCCACUCCCCUGACACUUAUUCACAUGUUACACAUGAAAUGUUCGACCGAUAGGCUGAAAAAGAAAGCAGAUGCCUUGUAUCGACCAGUGCCCUUCCACUCUGCAUCACAUCACUUGUAGGCACAUCGUCAUUGAGAGGAAAAUCAUCUCACAUUUUGUUCGUCAACAAAAAUAAUUCAAAAGUUUUUAUUCGCUCUUACGUUUUCGAAAAAAAUAUUAGCAUAACCCUGCUUAUGAACUUUAAAUUGAAAUUUGCUUUAUCAGAAUUUGUAAAUUCAUACUUUCCAUCAUCGAAUUUUGAAGUUUAGCAUUUACAUCUUCAAACUUGAAAUUACAGUUAUCAAUACUGUUGCCAAGUUGGAAAAGGGUGAACUACACCAAUAUUGUCUACUUCUAAACCAUUUAUUUCCGCUUACAAAGGGAAGGUCAUUUUUCAUUUUCGUCAUCACCUGCGUCAUUUCAUCUUUACUUCGGCUGAACUUGAAAAGCUCAUUAACACGUGAAAAGAUUCAAAACGAUUCUUCAUUUGGUCUGGUAUAUCUAACCGGCGGUGUUGACCUAGCCUGUCGCGGCGCCACGAGGAUAGGCUAGGCGUGAACAACAUCAUCCACAACACCGAGGAGCAGCAAUCCAACAAGCUGAGCUGUUACACCCAACCGAGAAGUCAUUGAUUGACUCCCCGCAAAUCUCCCGUCCAUUCUUGACCAUGCCCCGUGCAUUUCUUGUCAAACACAAGCGAGCUAGAGUGGAUAGCAUAGCGGAUGAGUUGUUAGCUCGUCAUGAAAUGGUCCAUGGUGAUGAAGAGGGGAUACACAUGAGGGGUCCUGAUCAAGGAUUGUCUUCACAGUUCGGCCAAAACAUGUAUCCGGAAGGUCUGUCAAAGCGUGAGCUUAACGCCAUAGAGAUGGAUAUGGAAGCACGAGGAUUGAAGAAUCUUCACCCUGCUUACACACUAGCUCCUGGUUUAUAUCCUCCAACACCACCACUCCUUCGCAUGUCCACUGGUUCAGCCUUUGAGAAAGUUCAUCCUGGAGUACCCAUGUCGGAGACUCUUGGAAUGGGAUUUGGUCCUCUACCUGGUAGUGUAGACCCACAACGUUUGGUUCUUAACCCAUGGUUGGCUAGUUACCACGACAUCACGGGUCAUAACAUUCUCCGUGAUCGUCUCUUGAGCCAUCCUGGUUACCUCAUUGCAGAUCCUAAACGCGGACUUUAUCAAGUGCCACCUCGCGCUUAUGUGUCGAAGCCUCUCGAUGAACCUCUGAAUCUUAAGAUUCGUGAGCAGUCACAUGAAGAGCAAGUAGAUGAGAAUGAAGAAUUCUCUAGAAUUUCCAAGAAAUCUCAUCCAGACGACUUUUUAUCGUCUAAGAAACACUCUCUGGGAGGACCAGUCAGACUUCCUGGAGCAGGAUCUGCAGUUGAUGAAUACCCGCGAUAUCCUCAGAUGUCUUCAACGGCUGCCAUCCAUCCAUCAUCCUACCCGUUUAUUGGUAUUCCAUAUGGUCAUCUCCUGGCCCAUAAGUAUUCUGGUGGCUUCGGCCUAAAGCAACUCGAUCGCAAUCAAUAUCCGAGUCGUAGAGGACGACAAGGGAUGGAAAUGUCCCCGCCAACAGCAUCCCAUGCGCCACCACAGCCUGACAUCGAAAAGCCACCAAUAUGCAAUGUGAAGCCAACUUUUAACGAACAGGAAGAAAGCAGCGAUUCUGCUUCACCUUUAACGAAUGCAUAUGAAAGUCCAACUAUCCUAAAUCAACCACGUUUCCCUGUUUCACAAACAAGCAUUGAAGAUGACGAUAGUGGUGAUCAAUCACCGUCUUCAUCAACCGGUGGGAAGCGACUCACUAGGCCACCCAUUUUAGGAGUAGAGUACAUCCAAAACGGCAUCGAUAACGAACUCCACCAUGACGCAGACAGCAUCCAGGACUCAGAUCAACAAUUUAUCCUGCAAGACUCCGAAGAACAGUAUCUUCUGCAGGAUGGACAAAAUCCCAUCUCAGAGGGCGAUAAAAAGACUGACUGCCAGUCCAACAUGGAUGACAAAGCCAUCCUUCCCCUGAUUCCAAAAUACACAGGAGAGACUAAAGGUCGAAGGUCAAACAGUGCAAAGACACCUCAACCCCGGAAGUACAUAUGUGACGUUUGUGGCAAGGGGUUCAGCAGGAGCAACACAUUAGUCACUCAUAAGCGCAUCCAUACAGGUGAUAAACCCUUUGCUUGUGAGCUGUGCGGGAGAGCGUUCCGACAACCCGGGAACCUUACCCGACAUCGCCUGACCCAUACUACGGUCAAACCUUACGUGUGCACGCAGUGUGGAAAGGCGUUCAACCGAGCAUCGAACCUUCACACUCACAUGAGAACACAUACCAACUACAAACCAUUCGUGUGUCAGUACUGUGGCAAGGGAUUCCAUCAGAAGAUUGAUAUGAAGAUUCAUUCCUACACACACACUGGUGAAAAACCGCACAAGUGCAAGAAAUGUGGGCGUGGCUUCAAGCAGUUAACCCACUUGACCUAUCAUAUGCGCACGCAUUCAGAGGUCAAGAUGUAUACAUGCGCCUACUGUGGGAAGGGUUUCAACCAGAAAGGAAAUCUCCAGGCACACAUCUACCGCCAUACUGGUGAGCGUCCUUACCGCUGUGAAGUUUGCAACAAAGGUUUCACAUUGGCGAGUACUCUUAAUACUCACCGCCGCACACACGCCGAGAAAAAGCCGUUUGCUUGUCAGUACUGCGGUAAAGAUUUUUACCAACGUAAUGCCUUGAAAAGUCACCUCUUAGCAUCUCACCCAUACACUGAUGGAGAAAGUUUGUUAUAGGCAUCCUCCUCUUAUACGAUUUAUAUUGUUUUAUAUAGAAUUUACCAAAGACCCGACGAUUCGUGUCUUAUUAUUUAUAUUCAAAUCAUCCUUCUUCUUAUUUUCAAGCCAGGAUUUGGAAUACGUACUAUAUUGCAAAGUAUAGGCCUACCCGGACGAUGGUUUCAAAGAGUUUUAUUAGACAAUGAUGUUCGGGGAUACGUUUUAUCAACAUUUUCGUCCGACAAGUUGUCAGAUCUGACAACUUCCAUUGAUUUUGAUUGGCUGACAAGCACUGUUACCCUAGUAACUGUCGGAAAACAGGACUUGUCGGAUAAAACGUCAUUUCAUGACACGCUGAUGACCAGUUUUUGACCUUAGGAUCAUACUACUAAAAGCUUGAUGAUUUACGAUAUUUUUCAGAAUAUGAUUGUAAAUAUUUCAAUAAUCAUUUACAGCCUUGUACUAUAUAUAGGACAAAUACAGUAUGUCGAUUUUAGUUUUUAAUACUCUCGUAACCAACUUGGACAGGUAUUUGAAUGAUUUAAUUCCUGUCUAAAAGUAUGUUAUUAUUUAUUAAUAAUUUCCAGCCAAUCUACCUGUAAUAUAUCAACAUUCAACUUAUUUGCCUUUACCUAACAACAUGUAUUAUUCAUUAUUUCGCUGAUGUUAAAUACUUAAUAUUUUUUAAUCGUUAUUAUAUUGUUAUUAUUUAAGUUAAAGCCAUGUAGAUAUAUUCUUAUAUGUGAAUUACAAGGUUACGUGUGAAUCACAAUGUGCAAUAUAUUAGUAGCAUUGAUAAUCAAUAUUCAUUUUUUUUUCAUUUUUACAAUAAGCCUUGAAGAAACAACUACCAAAAUGUAAAUAUUUGAAUUGUG